GUCAUUCUAUCCCGAAGACCAUCACAUAAACGUUCAAGGAAAGACAAGAUGCUACUGGCUACUCAUGGAAGGAUGUCAGUCAAUCAACUCGUAAAUUUUAUUGGCAUGAAUUUUUGAAAUCAUAUCAGUGGAAUCCUACUGAGAAUUCUAUAAUGGAACGUACAUGGAAUAAGGUGGCAUCCACUUUAUACUCCAAGAAAAUGUAUAUUUGGCGAAAAGGUACAGUCAAACCCAAUUUGUUUUGGAGGAUAUUUGGAGAAGUUGGAAGACGCAUUGGGCCUCUGAUGAAUGGAUGGAUAAAUCUCGUAUCGCCACUCGAAAUCGAUGUAGUGAGACUGGUGGACUAGGCACUGGUCCAAGCAAGCAUACCGGUGGUUCUAGAUCAACAGUGGAGCAUACUAUAAAAUUGGCAGCAGAACUACGUCGUCCACCAAAUUCGUGGGAUAUAUUUAAGAAGUUGCAUAAAAGAAAGGAUGGAAGCUUUGUUGAUGCCAAGUCUAAAUGCAUUAGUGUAGGUUGUGUGUGCUGCUUUUCUUUAACCAAACAUUGUAGGACUUAUCCUUAUUUUGUGAAGCUUUUAAAGAAGAAAAAGGUAGAUUUUAUGCAGUUGUGUGUGUUGCUAUUAAGAAGAUUUGCUAUAAUUGUUUGUGUUGCUAUUGAGCAAAUUUUUGGGGCAGCUCUUUGUGCUGUUUUUGGUUCAGAUUUGAGUAGCUUUUUUAUCAUAGUUAUGAUCAGAUGCUCUCAAGGUUUGGCGUUGUAUCAAGAUCAAAAUUCUGUCACUUCGCGCAAUUUAUAUGCUGUGUCUGAUGAUGUUGCUGAAGAGCGCAUUAAACUACUUGAGGAAGAAGUGUUGCAUAUGAGAGAAAAUCAAGAGAGAAUUCUCCAAGAACGUUUAGAGGCAGAGGUGCAACAACGAGUAGAGCACGAGGUCUCGCGUUUGAGGCAACAAAGUGAUGAUCGAUUCAAGUCUAUGGAGGAACGAUGGUCUCGCAUGAUGAGCGAGAUGGCGUUAUCCUCACGCUCAUCUAGUAAUCCUUCUCCUUAA